CCAUUUCCCCUACCCUUUGGCUGCCGCCACCCACUCACAACUCGCACUCAGGGCCAGGAACAUCUUGUUCUCUCCUGGCUUUGUUUACCCUCAGCCUAGGCCCCCUGGAUGGAUGGGAAUUGGGGGCACAGGCGCCAGUCUGGGGGGAAGGAGACCAGGGAUGGCCCUGAAGGCUGCCCCGAAUGAUGGGGAUCCAAGCAAUGGUCCAACACAGAACUUCGGAAGGAGAAGUCCCGGGAUGCAGCCCGGAGCCGCCGGAGCCAGGAGACCGAGGUGCUCUACCAGCUGGCCCACACUCUGCCCUUUGCGCGGGGGGUCAGCGCCCAUCUGGACAAGGCUUCUAUCAUGCGUCUCACCAUCAGUUACCUUCGCAUGCACCGCCUGUGUGCAGCAGGGGACUGGAGUGAGGUUUCGUCAGCUGGUGCAGGGUCCAGGGAGCCGCUGGACGCAUGCUACCUGAAGGCGCUGGACGGCUUUGUCAUGGUGCUGACGGCCGAAGGGGACAUGGCCUAUCUGUCUGAGAAUGUCAGCAAACACCUAGGCCUGAGCCAACUCGAGCUGAUCGGGCACAGCGUCUUCGAUUUUGUCCAUCCCUGUGACCAAGAAGAACUUCAAGACGUCCUGACCCCCCGGCAAGGCCUAUCCAAGAGGAAGCUGGAGGAGCCCACGGAGCGGAGCUUCUCCCUCCGGAUGAAGAACACCCUCACAAGCCGCGGGCGUACCCUCAACCUCAAAGCUGCCACCUGGAAGGUUCUACACUGUACAGGGCACAUGCGGGCCUACACCCCACCUUCAGAGCCCUCUGCGGGUGGUGGGCUGGGGUCUGGGCCUGAGCCACCCCUCCAUUGCCUGGUCCUGAUCUGUGAGGCCAUCCCACACCCCAGCAGCCUGGAGCCGCCCUUGGGCCGAGGGGCCUUCCUCAGCCGGCACAGCUUGGACAUGAAAUUCACCUACUGUGAUGACAGGAUUUCAGAAGUGGCGGGAUACAGCCCGGAUGAUCUGAUUGGCUGCUCAGCCUACGAGUACAUCCAUGCCCUGGACUUCGAUGCUGUCAGCAAAAGCAUCCACACCUUACUCAGCAAGGGCCAGGCUGUGACUGGGCAGUAUCGCUUCCUGGCCCGCAAUGGAGGGUACCUCUGGACCCAGACCCAGGCCACGGUGAUCUCAGGCGGCCGAGGUCCCCAGCCCGAGAGUGUCGUCUGUGUCCACUUUGUGCUGAGCCGGGUGGAGGAGACUGGGGUGGUGCUAUCCCUGGAGCAGACGGAGCAGCCAACCCGCCGGCCCCCCCGCCCCGCCGACCGGGGGCCUCCCUCGGAGAAGAGCCCCCAGGGUGUUGGAGACGGCUUUGAUACCCCCGGCCCCAGGAUCCUUGCCUUCCUGAAGCCCCCGGCUCUGAGCGAGGCCACUCUGGCUGCUGACCCUCGCCGCUUCUGCAGCCCAGACCUUCGCCACCUCCUGGCCCCCAUCCUGGAUGGGGCCGCCCCUGCCCCUGCCACUGCUGCCCCUGCCACCGCCACCGCCGCCAUCCCCAGCGGAACCCCAGCCAAAGAGCGUCCUCGAAGCCCGCCACCGGCGGAUCUCCCAAACGACCUCCUCCUGGAAAUGGAAAACGUACACAAGAUGUUUGGAUUCGGCAAGACCCUGGAAGCUGUAGAAACUCUGGAUGUGGAGCAGGACAUCGAGGCGCUAGAGUUAGAGAUGCUGGCCCCCUACAUCUCCAUGGACGAUGACUUCCAGCUCAACACCAGCGAGCAGCCCUACAGGACCCCUCGAAGGCGUACAGGAACAACCCCCCGCCCCCGAGCCCGCAGCUUCCACGGCCUGUCCCCCCGACCCCCAGAGUCUCUUCCUCUGCUUCGGUGGGGGAGUGACCCACGACUGAGCCAGAAGACCCACCCUGCGGGCACAAGCUCCCAGGCCGGAGCUCGGAAGAGGACCCUGCCCCAGAGCUUGGAGGAGGACAGCGGGGCCGAGGCCCUGGGAGCAAAGCCCCCCAAACGAUCCCCCAGCCCAGCACCGGAACACUUUCUGCUGCCGCCCCUCAGCCUGAGUUUUCUCCUGAGCGGCGAGGCCGCUCCUGGCACUCCAUCAGAUGCCGACAACAGGCUCCUGGACCUUGAGGAGCCCGUGGCCCUGGCCUCCUCCUCCCUGCUGUCCUUCUAUGAGGAUGAGGAUACCGCUCAGCCCAGGGGUCACUUCCAGCUGGAGGAGACCUUACCUCAGGAGCUCACCCCAGGCACCUGAGACACCCCCUCUCCUCCCCGCGCCCCCAGUCCCCGCCCUCUUCCCCUUCCUCCCUCUGCACGCCCAGGACCUCAGCCACACUCCAAGCCCGCAGCCUACGCACAGGAUAGAGGGAUCUGGGGCCAGGGGAGAGGGACGUACAUCCCCCUCCCAUCCCCACUCCUUCUGCACCGGGCCCUACCUCACUGUUUCCCCCCACCCCAGCCCUCUGUGUCUCAGGGGAUGUGGGUGGCCCAGGGAGAGCCAAGCAAACCUCAGCCGGGAUGGAGGGAGGCCCAUCUCAUUCCCACCGGUCCCACACCUUCCCUAAGCGGGCAGGGUCCUAACCCCUGGCUCAGCUCAGUGACCCCCCCUCUUGCAGGGCAGGGACCUCCCCUCUCCCUCCUCCCACGCCCUCUCAGGAUCUCUUGGUGCUCAUUUAUUUACACAGUUACCUCACCCAUAUUUUAGGGGUUUACUUUAGGGGUUUUCAGGGUGGGGGGUUGGGGGAGGGCUUAGGACUUUUUCUACAGCAUGCUUUAUUUUUAACUCUGGGGUACACAUAAUCACCUUAUCGACGAGAAAAAUCUCCCCUUUUGUGAUAAAUGAUCUCUUUUUAAAAUUGUUAUAAUCUAAAGGUACAGGGAGGGGGUGAGGGAGAAUUGAUGGAAUACAGAGCCCUGAACCCUUCCCCCAAGGUUUCGGGGGAGUCCUUUGAACCAGACCUCUCCUCACUGUGCACGUCAUCUCCUUAAUGCCUUCCUUCUUCAGACCUCUCACCUUUUCAACUGCCUCUCCUUCCUUCCAGACCUCACCCCAUCCAGACCACCAGACAUGGGGGCAGACCUAGCCCCUGGCCCCAGCCCUGGCACUUAUCUGACUUGGCCUGGUCUCCCUUGCCUUUUCUCUGCCUCAGUUUCCCUUUCCAUGAGCUGAGGCAGUUGGACUCAGCAGUCAGUAAGGACCCUCCUAGCUCUGCUCCUUUGUGGGUCUGUGAGUGGACACCCCUCUCUCCAGGCCUCAUUUCACAUAAUCGGAAUGUGUUACAGGUGGAGGGGUGGGGGUGGGAACUUGUCAAAUCCUCAAAUCUUAAAAUUUAGAGAUUAUCUACUCUGACCCCCCUCAUUUUACAGAUGAGGAAACUGAGGCUCAGAGAGGAGAAGAGACUUGCCACACAGUGAGUUACAGAAGCAGAAAAAGACAGAGCUAGGAGAGGUCCUUGGGGACCACCCGCUCAACUCUCAUUAACAUCAGUGGAAACUGAGGCCCAGAGAAGGAAAGAGCCUUCUCCAAGACCACAGAUAGCAGAGCUGAGGGUCCAGAAGGCUGGUCCCUUGGGGUCUGUCCAUGGCCUUUUCUCCAUCCCGGUUCCAGACUCCCUGCCUCCAUCUCUUCCCUGUUUCUGCUUCCCAGCCCCAGGCAAGGUGGGGACCGCAACGCACUCCCCUCAGGCCAAGCCCAGAUUCCAGGCCGCCCAGUCACACGCACAGCUCCAGCUGCAGGUCUCCGGGCCGGGCUGUGGUCGAGGAGAGGGGUCACAGGACACCCCUUCCUCUAUCCCGCCUCCGUGCCGCCUGCCUCUCAUCCCCUCUCCCCCUUCCCUGUUUACACGAUGGUGCUACCCUUUGGGUCUGGAGUGGGGACAAAGAACCCCUCCCACAUACAGACACACAUAAACCACCUGGUGAUUUCCCACCAUCCCCUUCCUGGGGGCUCCCCUCCCCCUAAGCUGGGGAGUCAAGAAGUCUGACCAGACGGUGCUAUGGGGUUUGUGGGGUAAGGACCAGGGCUUUCUCCCAGCUCUCCCCAGGAGGUCAGAGGCCUCAGUGGAGGGGGCUGUGGAAGUGGGAGGGGG